UCGGUGUAGCGGCUGAGCAUAAGAAUAUUCGCACUUGGGCAUCUAACUAAUUAUUUUGAAUUACAAAUUAUUCCAAUUAAUAUUAUCCACAACCGCAAUUUCAAUCCCCUCUCGUUAGGGCAUUUUCCCCCAAUUUCCCCCCUUUCCAAAUUUCUUGAAUCAACUUCAAUUCAUUCUUAUUUAUGUAAUUUCAUUUUACAGUCCCCAAUUUAAUUCAUUUUUGUACAGUUUUAGGUUAGUUUUUAGCAGAAAUUUUCUUUUUUUUUUCCUAUUAACAAACCCAUAAGAACAAUUUAAUAUUAGGCAAUUAAUUUAUCAAUAAUGACUUCAAUUGAUGCUCACCCACAGCUUCUCCCCAGCUCUCUUGCCCUUUUAUCCAUUCAAGAUCAGGUAGAAGUGCAGAGUGAGGUGAAGCUUGAUGAGAAGCCAUUUGGGAAUCAUGGUGGUGUUUGUGCCAUUUGUUUGGAUAAGAUUGUACUUGUGGAAACUGCUCUUGUCAAGGGCUGCGAGCACGCGUACUGUGUGAUGUGCAUCCUUCGUUGGGCUACAUACAGUCCGAAACCAAACUGCCCUCAGUGCAAGCAUCCUUUUGAGUUUCUAAAUGUUCAUCGCACACUUGAUGGCAGCAUUAAGGAUUACAUGUUUGAGGAGAGUGUGUGCCUUCUUCUUAGAGCAGCGUGGUUUAAUCCCUUAAUUGUGGAGAGUCAUGAAGAUGCAUAUGAUGAUUUGGAAGAAUAUUAUCGAUAUGAAUUUGAGUAUGGUGAUGAUGAUGAUGAGGACGAGGAUGAUCUAGCUGACGUUUACUUAAGUACUUCAUCGAAUCUCCGCAUUGGCAAUCGGAGGUGGGGAGACAAUGGUUAUGUCAGGUCAGGGCGUCAAGAAGCAAGGCCAGUUCUUCGACCAAAUCCGCACGAUUCUGAUGCUGGUUCGUCAUCGCGUGAACCUAAGAAGAAAGAGGCUGCGAAAGAUAUAACAGGGCGGCGUGCCAAGAGGACACUUAAGCGUGAAGCUGCUGACAAGGCGGCGGCAGCAAAACAUGAACAGCAUUUGGUGAGGUUUGGCAGGAAGUGAUUUGUCUCUAUGUAUUUCAUAAUCCAGAAACUAUGAAUCUGGUAUUUGUACAGUACUUUACUUUGUGAAACAAUAACAUGGUAGUUGGGUUGGUCAUGGCAAGUUUAAGUUGGUGGAAUUUACAGGUUUAUGUACCAUUUAAAGUUCUGUCUAAUACAUGCAAUUUCAGAAUUUAAUUCUGAAUUUCUGGCU